GAGUCCUUUGGAGACAGGGAUACAUCUUAUUUACUUAUUUCUCUAUGUAAACCGCUUUGGAAACUUUUGUUAAAAAGCUAUAUAUAAAUAUUAAUUGUUGUUGUUGUUAAAUGAAGGGGCUGAUUCGUGGGUGACUCGAAUCAUCCUCAAUUCGUCAUCAAUCAAUUUGCAUGAUUUGUGUUGCAGGCACAAUUUUGCCUCUGUGUUUUUCAAUUGCUGAUUGGUUUUUUGGCACAGACUUCUGAUUGGCUUAAGAUCUCCUUGCUUCUUGAUUGGCUUGUUGUCAUUCAGACCAAAUGUUAGCAUGGACAACUGUUCCUCCAUUGGCUGGGGGGGAAAGAGCAAGGAGGGGGAUGCCAAAGGAGAGAUUAUCAAAAUAUAUAUAAGUGGCUGCUUGGAGGCAAAGAGAAUAAUUGUUUUUUGUGCCUCAGGAGAGGAUCGUCAGAGAGGUCAAUGACCUACAAACCCAGAUAAUAAUUCAAAAAAAUAUUAAAAAUCACCUGAUUGCCUUAUUUUUUUCUGAGUUGGGUGGUAGGCAGGUUGGGUCACCACCGACCCACUUUGGUACCCCUAAAACCUACCCAUGGGGAACAAUAAGGUGAUUCAAGUUCCCCGUUGUUCCCUAUGGAUGAUCUGCUGAUUUUCAUGAAUAUCCGAUUCAAUUUGUGGCUGGCCAACAGGGCCGAUUUGAUGAAUCAAUUGAUGGGCCGAUUUGAUGAAUCAAUUCGAUUUUUUGCUAUUUGAUUCAAUUGAAUAGCAAAAGAUGAUUUGUGCACAUCUCUAGUAGGGACAGGAGAGUACAAAUGAGGGGACGAGGUUUGCUGACAAAUAACUCAACUGUUAAUAGGAAAUGUACUUCUUGCUGAUAUAACCCCUGCUAAAAAGUUCAAAAAGGAGUCUUUUAACGUGGUGACAUAUUUAGUAGGGGGAGAGAACAGCUAUCCCUGUUCAACCCCAGGACGGGCUGGAGUCUCUCCAGUGGCUGCUGCUAAUGUUCCUUUCUGGGUUUUUUUAGGUUGUGAGCCCCUUUGGGACAGGGAAUCAUUUUCUUAUUUCUUUUGCUAUAUAAACUGCUUUGAGUAAUCUUUUCAUGAAAAGUGGUAUAUAAAUAUUAGAUUUACAAUUUCCUAGAACAAAAGCAACUUAUUUACAAAAUGCAACAGAACAAAAGGCUUAUCUUAAGCACUGUCCUUAAAAAAACAAUAAUGCCCUCAGAAGCUGCUGUUCAAUACACAGGAGAAAACCUUCAGAUGCCCUGUACAUGUGGAUGCUGUAAAUUUUCCCUUGUGAGACAAAUAGUUCUGGGGGCAAUUUGAAUUGGGAAAUGGUGCAUGCAGGGCACUUUCUAGAUUAGACCCUGCAAUGGGGUCACAAUAUAUCUGCGAAGUGUGCUUCUGCACUUCCUGUGUUGUGACACCGCGGUCCCUAUGCUAUCAGCAGGGCGCCAUCCGCAUUUCGGAUGCCUUGUUUCGGAUUUAAUUGCUUCAAUUUAUUGCUAUAACGUUGUAUGUCUGGCAUAAAAAGGUUGCUAUAUUUCCGGUUGUUUGUUUUUGCGAGACUGCUCCCCUUGCUGGUAGCUUGCUAUAUACAUUUUGAAUGCGAUUUUCCUGAACUGAAGCAUUUUGCCAGUGUUGAGCAGGUAAUCUAGAAAGUGCCCAGGAAGAAAAGACUAAACCCUCUCCCCGGCAUCAUGGUCCCCAUCUAAUUCAGCUUUCCUUUCUCCCUAUGACUGACAGUGGAUUUCAUGUAUCGCAUCAUGUACCCUAAGAGGGGAUUUGAAACCAGGUCUCCCCAGUCCAGAUCCAACCCUGUCCAGUACACCAAACAGGCUCAUGUGUUUUUACCCCCCUGCCUCUUACAGAGUGUUAUCCAAUCCCAUUGUUACAGUGGUGCAGAACAAGAGUGGAAGGGGCUUCAAUCCAAAAGUGGAGCAGACAUUUUAAAAUAAAAGGAAGAAGGGGGAGGUGAAGAAAAAAGGAGCUGCCGUUGUUUCAUGCCCACCAAAAUGGCAGAUAGCUGUGAAGUCAUUUGCUGUUGAAGAAAAUAAAAGGGGUAGUAGGCCGCUGCUGUUAGUGGAGGUGUGAGCGAGCGAACCUGCUUUGAAAUUAACAGUUUUGCUUAUAUUUGUUAGGUGGAAAUAUUUGGGGUUCAUGACAGAAGCAGCAAAGAAUCUCCAACAAUGGACUGAUAUGGGCAUUUGAGGAGAUUCCAGAGGGGAAAGGGGGCAUUUUAAAGUGCUGCUGCUGUGGCUGCCUGGAAGGAAGCCAAUCCCCGUGUAUGAGAAGAAGGGAGCCCGCUUCUUGGUUUCAGGUGGUGAAUUAAAAGGGAAGCCAUUGCAUAAUCUACCCACGACUGCGAAGUGACCUGACUGCCUGAAAUGGAACUCACAAAUAUUCAAGAUGUUGUUACCCAGCUAAAUGUCCAUGGUCCAACAUUGGCUUUCCAGAAUGUUACUUACUCUGUCACCACACCUUGCACAUUUCCUCUGAAAGGAAGAGAACAAAAGGAGGUUCUCAAGGAUGUCAGUGGCAUUUUAAAACCUGGGAUGAAUGCCAUCUUGGGACCAACUGGAAGUGGGAAAACCUCGCUCCUUGAUGUCAUUGCAGGAUGGAAAGAUCCCAAAGGGUUGAAAAGUGGACAAAUCUUUUUGGAUGGCAAGUUGAUGGACACUAAAUUUCACCAGUGUUCAGCCUAUGUAGUACAGGAGGAUAUUCUGACAGGAACACUCAGCAUCCGUGAGAACCUUCAGUUCUCUGCCAGCUUGCGGCUACCAGUGCAAAGGAACAGCAAUGCGGAGAAGAAACUAAAGGUUGAUGCUGUGAUUCAGGAGCUGGGCCUACAGGACUGUGCAGACACUAAGAUUGGGACCGAGUUUCUCCGUGGAGUUUCAGGGGGUGAGAAGAAAAGGUGCAGCAUUGGCAUGGAACUGAUUACUUCACCUUCCUUGAUCUUUCUGGAUGAGCCAACCACAGGACUGGAUGCCAACACAGCUAACGCCAUCAUGCAACUAUUACACCGACUUUCCAGGAAAGGAAGAACGGUGAUUUUCUCAAUUCAUCAGCCCCGCUACUCCAUCUUCCGGUUGUUUGACCAUCUGACCUUGAUGAACAAGGGGGAGAUAAUCUAUGCAGGACCAGUAGAAGAAGCCACCACCUACUUCAACAGCAUUGGCUACCAUUGUGAGCAAUUUAAUAAUCCCUUGGACUUCUUUCUGGAUGUUAUCAGUGGAGAAGUUGUGCAGUCCCAGCCUAGGCACGACUUGGGCAACAAGAAGAAUCACCAUUUCUCCAACAGCAACUCUUCUCUUGACAAAAACCCACUGUCCAGCCAUUAUCGCGUCUCCUCUUACUAUGAAGAGCUACAAAAGGAGCUGAAUGGCUUGCAGUCACCUCUGAACCAGUGCUGUGAUACCACCUCAUCCAAAGCCUCUUACGCUACCUCAUUUGGCCACCAGCUAUAUGUUGUGAGCUGCCGUAAUGUGAAACAUCUUCUCAGGAAUCCUCAGACCUCCAUUGGUCAGCUGCUUAUGGGCAUUGUCUUCUCCUUGUUGGUUGGGCUCCUUUACUACCAAAUACCUGACACUAUGCCUGAAGCCCUGCAGAACAGAUUAGGAGCUUUCUUUUUCCUGGUCCUCACUCAGAUAUUUGGGAACUUGUCUGCUGUGGAGCUCUUCAUCUAUGACCGAAAACUCUUCAUCCAUGAGAGUGCCAGGGGCUACUAUAGGACCUCUGCAUAUUUUUUGGCCAAAGUGUUUGCCGAUCUUCUUCCCAAUCGUAUCCUGCCUGUGCUGCUGUUCUCUUCCAUUUCAUAUUUCAUGAUGGGUCUCAAAUACAAUGCAGAGUCUUUCUUCCUGCACGUUUUGUCUCUUAGCCUGACCAACCUAGCAGCAGUGAGCAUGGCUUUCCUGGUCAGCGCGAGUGUCAACACUUUUGCUGUGGCCAACAUCUUGAUUGCCCUCCCUUAUGUCUUCAUGAUGGUCUUUGGUGGGUUUCUUGUAAACUUGAAUUCUAUGUUGACAUGGCUCUCCUGGAUCAAAUGGAUCAGUAUCUAUCGAUAUGGCAUGAACGCUCUAACCAUCAACGAACUUACAGGCAGAGUCUUCUCCUUGAAUUCUACCAGUAUCCAUGGAGAGCUAUACAUGGAGCAGCAAGAGAUUGACUAUAGUACCUGGGGCUUCUGGGAGAAUGAGCUGGCCCUCCUCUGUUUGACAUGUAUAUUCCUCUUUUUAGCCUACAUCCAACUCCUAAGAGUAAACCGUUGGAAAUAGAGCAGAAGUUGGAGUCCUUCCAUUUACUUUCUUCUCCAAUUGGUGAUGACCUGUCAAAUUAACAUGUUACUAACACGGAAAAACAAAUGGGUAGGGAAACAAAAGGUUCAACCCUCCUCCUACUAAUGUGAAAAGCGAAAGACCAGGACUGCAUCCAAUAUUUACACAAGGGUUUGGAUUUUUUAAACAGUAAUAAAAUACAAGAGAUGUCUUGCUUCUUUUACAA